AUGUUGAAUCGCACCGUAUACGCUGACUCUGCUUCCGAUUUGGUGAUCACCAUCGAUACUGAAAUUGCCAUGGCACGCCCAAUCCAUGACAACCAAGAGGUCCAUGCCGACGAUUAUUAUCACUCAUCAUCAUCCUCUGGAUCCGAUGACUAUUUCAUGCAAUACCACCAUCAUACAUUGCAUAAAUCAUCUUCUUUCAAGUCAUCCGACAACUACCCAUACCCAUCGAUGGCUCCAAACGACAUUGUGCGUUUUCCUUUUGCUGUCAUCAAGAUCAGUGGAAGUGAUAGCCUUCAAGAUUAUCCUUCAUGGCUUUCAAAACUUUGCAAUUCUCCUUUGAUGGAACCGGUUCAUGACUUUUCAACGUAUCUUCAUGGUGUCAGUGUUUUGAUGCCUCAUCGUGUACAUGUAUUCCCUGGAUGGCUUUCCGAGAUGAGCAUUGAUUUGACAUGUGUGCAGGAUCGUGGCACGUUGAUCAAACCAGCACAACGUACACUCACCGUUGACACGGGUGCAACCGACAAUAACCAUUUACAAUUACCGCCAACACCAUGGAGUAGUUCAUCAGCCAUUGCAUCCUUAAGUGACAAGAGCAACAGUAGCAGCGGCAGUAAUAGUACACGAGCCACGACUCCCAAUAGCAACCAUCAUCAUUCACCAUCAGCGAACCACACCGCUAAAAAAUUUGACGAUGAUCAUGAUAAGCAAGAAACUGAACGAGCCCCUCUUCUCAAACGUAAACAUGAUUCUUUUGAAUCGUAUUGCAGUUUCGAUCAUCCUUCCUCAUCAAGAUCAGAUCCAUCCACGUGCCGUGAUUGCCAUGCUCGAAGACGUCAAUCAUCCUCUUACAGCCAACGAAGCAAAUCAUCCACAUCAAUGAAAAGUAUUGAUCAUUACGGUUCGCCCUUGGCCCAUCUUGGUGAUCAUAUGCAACACUUUUUUCAGUCAUUGUGGCCUUCCAUUCCUCCUUUUGGUCAUCAUCAUGGUCCCAUUUUACCCACCCACAAUAACAAUACCACAACCGCUACUCACGAAACAAUGAAUCCAAUGCCUAGCCAAAGACGUGGCCUAAAGCUCAUUGUUCUCUGCAGCAUUGUUUCCACUUCCCUUGUGUUUCUAUUUUACUAUUCCCUCAGUACAUUGUAA